GCGUCUUGAACGUCCUGCGGCUUCGUCGAGGUCGGGCGCCGGGCCAGCUACGCUCUGACGCGUACAUCUCGCAUCCCGCUACACAGCAUUCGUUGUCGACAUCGGCCAAUUCCAAGGUCAUUUCACGCGACCCACGCUUUCCAGUAGCAGUCUAUCUAACUGGACUAUCCAAAUCCCAAUCCAAACCCAAAUCCGCGUCCAAGUCGACGCGACAAUCGUGCGCUUGGGCGAACCGACCCUCUCCCCACCCUUCUGACUAGCGGACCAACUCGUCACGCUAUGUCGCAGAUUGCCCACUACGCGAGCGGACCGGAGGGGCAACCUCCCUCUUCGCAGUCGCGAACUCUCACCAGCAGUCAAAGCCAGCCGCCAAAUUACUGUAGCAACAAUUCCCAAGACACUGUCACUUCUAACGAUACCGAUCGCGUCUUUACCCCGCCCGAAAGCGAUAGCGAAGGCAGUGCGGUUCUGGGGAACGGGCACGCGUCCAGCCAGGAGUCUCAGCUCUUGCGCCUGUCCCAGAUCGCUGCCGCCCAGCAGAAGAUGGCCGAGGCGGAUGGGAGCUUAGGGAAUGGCGGCCAGUCGAGGAAAAGGAUGGCCGACGGCGUGGUCAAGCACUCGAGGAGCAGCUCGAGCGUCUCGCCGGUGCGCGUCGGCCAUUCUAGAAACACCAGCACCGUUAGCGUGGCGUCUACUGCUGGCAGCCGUAUCGGGGAGCUGUCAGCCGAGUUGAAAGCCAAACUGUCCUAUGCUAUGGUCAAGGUUAACAACGGUUGGCAAGGACGUUCGAUUGACGAGAUCGAGUCGCUCGCGUCGCAGGUCGCUUCUCCCACCUCUAGUACCUCUACGUUGCAUGGCCGGCACGGCGCGUCUGCGAGCCCUCGAAUCUCGGCUGCCCCCAUGAGGCACAGGUCUUCCAGUGCCGUCACUAGCCCUACGACGCAAACCCAUUCCCAAAUUCGCACGUACGAAUCCUUCUGGAGGGACAGCAACGCGAAGCCCGUGGCUUCUUCGACGCCCUCCGUCUCCCAACGCCCCGCCCUGGCCCCGCCCGCGCCUAUACAGCCUCGCCAGCCAGACCACUCGAAUCCGCGCCGUCAUUCGAAUGCGAGGUUCACGCCCGCCUAUCUAUCACACUCACAUCACGCUUCUCCACACACGCCAGCCCAGCCCAGCCCGCUCCAGAGCACGCCAGGACAGGGAUCUAUGAGAACGCCCACUGUUGACCCCAUUCUUUUCUCUCCGCACCAGAACGUUCGUGAACAGGAAGCCUUAGAGACGCUGAUGUUCAUGAGCAGUCCCGGGAAUUCGGCGCACGUCCAGCACGCAUUCCCCUCGUCCCAGCCGGUGCAACCGUUACAACCACCACAACAACCGCGAACUACCGCUGGGCGGACGGCUCUACCCACCCUCCCGAGCUCUCGGCUAGGCGCGGGAACCGAGGCUGGCGUCCAGGGGCGUAAAAGCCUCCCGACGGCGCGGCCGCAGCACCAGCAGGCACCUCAGGGCAAGCGCGUAGGGUUUGAGAAGUCGCCGGGCGGGUACGGCGGGAUGGACGUUGACGACCCGCAAGGGUCUCCGUACGGUCGGGGGAUGCCCCGUCGCCGAACAAACGGCUCGGCGCCGAGACCGGCGCUCUCCCUCCCGGCGGGCCUGAGCGGGCCAUCUCGGCCGAGACCGGCGCUGCGGGGUGACGACAUCGAACGCAUGUUGGAUCGAGCGGCCGCGGACGACAGCUCGGAUUCCGAGGGGGAGAUUCAGCUCCCCUCGAGUAGACGGCCUAACGGCCCUACGGUCGGAGUGUGACGCUGACUGCCGCGGCCGUCGCCGUAGCUUCCGGGGGCGGCGGAUCUCACUUUGGACCUGGCUUUGUCGACUCCUCUCGCGCACGUGUAUAUGUUAGAUCCUUUUUC